UUGAGAUUCAAAUAUAACAAACCAUCCAGCGAUGGCGCCCAACGUUCAAGACGACAGCGCUUGCGGAUGAAAUCGCACGAGCGCCAGACUUAGGCGCUGACCUGGGUCGACUGGUCUGAGUCGCUGCGACCUGUUGCUGCCCAUCGGGGCCCUCCACACAGAGCAAGGAACCGCUGAAACCGAGUCUGAGUAGCAGCAGCUUGCGGCCAGAUACAGCGGCCAUGACACGGCAGCGCUGAUGGUUCUCUGCAUUUCUGACACUAUUGACUGCCCGAGUGGAGCUCAGCAUCAGAGUAAAUCGUUGACGCGAUUCGAUGCGGGAAACGAUCGAAUCGUGAGUCGCCUCCCUUUUGGUUGGCUCUCCAGCUUCACAUCCAUGCCAUGAUGAGAAACCACGGCUUCGCUUGGUCGAUGGUGCAUGCAGGGGCCAACCAAAAGUUUGUUCUGCAUGUCGGAUCGUUUCCAACAAAGAGUGUGACUGUUGUGUGCAUAUGCAGUCGCUCUUAAAGUCUGCCCGUGCCAGCUGUUCAGGUGGCAAACCCCUCCCCAUUUCCUAUUGUUCUUCGUUCAUUCAAAGCCCAACAAUGGUGGUCAAUCACCUUCAUUGACCUAUUUUCCUAUCAUUAAACCUUCUAUUCGUUUAUAUUCCUCUUGUUCACCUGUUGACUGUUCGGACUGGUUCCAAUAUCACAUACACUUUCUCAUUUGUGCAAGCUUUGACUCACUUAUAAACCACCUCACUGAUAACGUUCACUUACAUCCGACAAACUUCACUUCACUGUCGUGACUAUACCUUCGAUUCAAAAGUUUCUACACAACUCAAAUAUCACACUUUGCUACUUCAAACCUUCUUCCUUCCUUAUCAAAACUUCAUCUCGAUAUUUUCUCGACCUUCAGUCGUAACUCAACAACAUUUCAUUCAUUUCUACCUACCAAAUACGCCAUCGCCCGCCAUGUUCGGAUUUGGUCAGCGAGCCUGGGGCCCAGGCAUGAUCGUUCUCCAGAUCCUGCGUGUUUUCACGAUCAUCAGCCUCCUGGCCGCCGCUGCCUCUUGUUGGGUCCUCAUCAUCAAGAUCGACACCUCCAAAGGCUGGUUCUUUUUCGAGGCUCUCUCUCUCGCGAUGAUGAGUUCGGCCACCAUAUUCCUCGUCAUUUCCGAGUUGCCCUUCUGCAAAGCGUAUUUCGCCAACCAUUGGCCCGUAUUUUCCGAUGAACACGGUCUCUUUUGGCUUGGAAUCGCUCUUAUACUGAUUGGGACCAACCUCCUCGGCAAGCUCAACUCGGAGGAUAAUGGUAGCGAACAUUUGGGUCUUCCCUUUUGGCGACUUAUCGUGUCUGCUGGCAUCUUGACCUCCACCUUCGGCGUUAUGAACCUCAUCUGCACUUUCGCCUUCCGAGGUGUCAACGUCAAUGCUCGCAAGAUUCGGUCCAAUGGAUCCCUCGCGGACGAUGAAUCGUUCGGCAAACCCCAGUCUAACUACAGCGCAUCAUUCACUAAUGAAGAUCGACCUCAGAAUACUUUCAAAAGGUUCUUUUGGGACAGGAAGAACGAGUCCACACCCCGACGACCUACCAUAAGUCAACCUAUCACUCGUGAGCGUGAUCUUGAGCGCAAUGCCCCUCCUCCCCCUCACUAUGAGCAUCAAGAACCCUCUUCACUCAGCCGGCACUCAUACGACUCUGGCGAGGAUCGCCGUAGUCCCAUCGUCCCCGAAGUUCGUCGCCCAGAUACAGCCCUGCACCCGAUGAAUAUUCGCCCGCAUAGCCCGAGCAUGUACUCGGAGGCGCACAUGUCUCGCUUCUAGGAAGAACCGGCGCGCAAAUAGGAGAAAGCGCGUAAAUUAGCGGAGGACAAGAAGCAACCGACACAGGUCGCGAAGACGGUCCACAAGACUGUGAAGAACAAGGAGAAUGUACAGUGUAACUCGGAAAAUUGUAACUGCAAAGGUUGCGUGCGCGAAGGGAAAAAGGUAGAAGGGCGUUAAGGCAUUAGGAGUCAGCGAUACCACGUUUUGGAUUUAUGGCUUUUUUUUUUGUUUGCUAGCAGUGAUACCAGCUUGCCAAACUGUCUUUAUAACCAGUUCAACAAAUCAUAUUCAAACUCAAAUUUGUUUCUAAGCUUAAUAUCCAGAAGACUCAUGUAUUU